UUAGAACCGUAUUCAUACCAAUUGAUAUGGCUAUAUAUUCGGGCCACUUCAUUUUGGAUGCUAAAGGCUGACCGUAUUAAGGUCAAUUUCCUAAUUGAGAAAUAAGCCCGCGCGGCACACCAUCUUUCCGCUUGCCGUAAGUGUGAGAUCAAUUUAAAGCCGAAACCGUUGAGAAAAACAUUACGCAACCUUAAAAGGUAUAAAAGCAUGUUAAUAGCUGUCUAGUUUUGCAACAAAUCAUUAAUUCAUAUGCUAUAAAAUAAACACCAACAUACUUGAUAAUAAUUGAUAUGUCAAGUGAGAAAGAAAUAAAAGAAGAAAAAUUAGCAGAAACGGAAAAUAUCCAACCCCAAGAUGAUACAACAGCCACCGAUCUUUCUAAUGAAGAGAAUCAAAUCGGAGUUGAUAUUAUAGAACCUCCAUAUUCAAUCUUAACAGAUGCUGAAAAGUAUACCAUGGUGGGUCUUAUCAGUAUAUCUGGUAUAUGGUCCACUUUAUCUUCCUCCAUUUAUUUCCCUGCAUUGCCAAUAUUGGCCCACAAAUUUAAUGUAUCAUCAUCAGUUAUAAACAUUUCCGUUGUUGCAUAUUUACUAUUUCAAGGUCUUGCACCUUCAUUCCUAGCACCACUAGCUGAUACAUUCGGAAGAAGACCAAUGGUGAUUUUCUGUACUAUUUCAUAUUGUGCAGUUUGUAUUGGUCUUGCAAAGACUAACGUAUAUUGGCUCUUAGCAUUUUUAAGAUGUAUUCAAGCUGCUGUUAUUGCCCCCAUUAUUGCUGUAUCAUCAGGAAUAAAUUCUGAUAUGAUCACAAGAAGAGAAAGAGGUAAGUUUAUUGGUUUAACCAGUGGUAUCCAAUUACUUGGACAAGGUUUCGGUGCUUUGGUCGGUGCUGCAUUAGUCCAUGGAUUUGGAUGGAGAGGAAUUUUCGUGGCAUUGGCUAUAGGAAGUGGGUUUGCUGGUAUUUGUGAUAUAUUCCUCCUUCCAGAAACCAAUAGAUCCAUUGUAGGUAAUGGGUCAAUUGCUCCAACAAAUAUUUUAAACAUAGCGCCUAUAUUGGCUCUUCCUCGCUAUAAGAAAAGAAUGACUAAUGAUAUUUCUACUAAGAGAGAACGUCCGCCAGCCGACGUUUUGGAAGUUUAUAAAAUUUUCCUCAAGAAGGAAGUAUUCAUCACUUUACUUCCAGCUGCUUUUCAAUUUGCUACUUGGACUAUGUCUCUUACAACGUUAUCUACUUCGUUAGAGCAAAGGUAUGGUUUGUCUGUGAUACAUAUUGGGUUGUGUUACUUAGCUCCAGGUAUUGGGACUUUGCUUGGAUCUGUUAUCACAGGAAGGAUAAUGGAUCGUAUUUAUAAAGCGAAAAAAGCAAAGUAUGAUAUCAAAUAUCAAGACGUGCCAAAGGAAGAAAGACCAGAAUUUGAUAUUCUUACAACUAGAGUUCAAUUUACAAUUUAUCCAACAAUUAUAACCAUCAUCUUCACCAUUAUAUAUGGAUGGUGUAUCCAGAAGACAGUAAACCUUUCGAUCGUUUUGAUUUCAGCCUUUAUAAUGUCCUAUUGUGCUGUGGCAUACUUAGGGGCUAUGAUGACUCUUUUAGUUGAUCUUUUCCCUGAUAAUGGAUCUGCUGCUUCUGGUUGUCUUAAUCUUAUUAGAUGUCUCCUUGGAGCUGCUGGUGUCGGAGCUCUUCAACCGAUGGUUUCAAGCAUGGGUGAAGGAGGAUGUUAUACUUUAAUGGCGGGUUUUUGCUUUAUAUCUUAUGGAAUGUUAUAUUUCAUGAUUAAGCUGAGAAAUAGAAAAAACAAUUAAAAGUUCUUUAUAAUCUACAAACUUGUGUAAAAUUUCAAAAAAAUAUAUAGACCUAUUAGUACAUAUAUAAAUAUAAAAAAAUAACUAAAAAUUAUAAG